AUGUGCGCUCCUCUGCAGCCAGGCUUCCUCAUCACAAACGUGAACUCUCUGACGGCACAUCCAGUGAACCUCCGGAGGUUCACCAUCACUGAGGAGGAGGAGGAGGAGGAGGAGGCUGUGGGGAGGGAGGAGACAUCACAGAGGGUCAGGGAGGAUAAGGAGGCUGUGGGGAGGGAGGAGACAUCACAGAGGGUUAGGGAGGAGGCUGUGGGGAGGGAGGAGACAUCACAGAGGGUUAGGGAGGAGGCUGUGGGGAGGGAGGAGACAUCACAGAGGGUUAGGGAGGAGGAGGAGGAGGCUGUGGGGAGGGAGGAGACACCACAGAGGGUCAGGGAGGAGGAGUAA